CCUCCUUCCCUCCACGCCCCAACGAGGAGGCGCAGGGCGAAGCGGUUCUCCCGGCGACUGCAGGGGAAAGCGCCGCGUGUAGCCCUUGUGGUUCCGGUUUGUCCCUCCGAGGGGAGGCAACAUAGGCAACCAGGUGUGUCGGGGCAAAUCUGUCGGUUAGCAUUAGCGCUAAUCGCUCGGCUCGCAGCGUCGGGAGCCAAGUACAGUUGUUGGAAGAUAAAGAAUUAUGGAAGUAUUACGGCCAGUGCUGAUAAAAAUUGGAGGACGUAUUUAUAGGAAAAAUUUUAUUCGAGAGCAUGCUCACCAGCAUGAAGAAGAGGAAAAUUUUAAUACAGGUCUUGGAGAUGGCUCAGACGAACCCUGUGACGCAUUUGUAGUGGAAGAGACAGAAAGAGGGUACCAGUGUGCUAUGGACAUUCCUAGCCCACUAUAUAAGUAUAUAAUAGGAAAGAAAGGAGAAACCAAAAAGAAACUGGAGACAGAAACACGAACCUCCAUCAGUAUUCCCAAGCCAGGUGUAGAAGGAGAAAUUGUGGUCACAGGACAACAUCGGAAUGGUGUCAUUUCAGCGUGGACACGAAUUGAUGUUCUCGUUGAAAGCUUUCGUAAAAAACAGCCGUUCACACAUUUUCUGUCAUUUGCGCUCAACCAACCUGCAGUCCAAGAGAAGUUUCUACAAUUCAAAGAGGAAGUGUUGGAGAAAUGUUCCCAUGACCAUGGAAUCAGCAGUAGUCUAUUCCAGAACCCAGCAAAACUCCAUCUGACUAUUGGGACACUGGUACUUCUGAAUGAACAGGAAGUCCAGAAGGCUCAGGUACUCCUGCAGAAGUGUGGAGAAGACCUUGUUGAGACAGUUACUGAAGGCAAACCACUAACUGUGGAAAUAAGAGGCGUAGAAUACAUGAAUGAUGAUCCAGCCAUGAUUGAUGUUCUGUAUGCAAAAGUCCACAUGAAAGAUGGAUCCAACAGGCUUCAGCUCAUAGCAGAUAGACUGAUGGAUCAGUUUGUGACCUCUGGGCUGAUGAAAAAAGAAUGGGAUGGGGUGAAACUCCAUGCUACUGUUAUGAAUACCAUCUUUCGGAAUGAUCCUGGUGGUGCUGCUGAAGAACCAAAUAACCGAGGCAUGAGUAAAUCUUUCAAGGAAAGGGAAUCAUUUGAUGGCCGAACAAUUCUGAAGCUCUUUGAGAACUUCGACUUUGGAGAAGCACAAUUGAAUUCCGUCUCUCUCUCUCAGCGAUUCUCCACAGACCGCUCAGGUUACUAUGCAUCAUCUGGGCAGCUCAAUUUCUCCUGAAGUGCAGACUCAUCUGCCCCGAUAGAUUGCACAUAAUGAGAUCCAGGAGUGCCUAAUAUACAAGAAGAUAAUGAUUUAAAUGUGCCCUGCUAUAAGAUCAGGGUCACUCUGUCCUCCUGAACCCACCUUAGAACUUUGCCAAUAUCUGUGCAAAACCUCACGACCCAACCUGAAUGAAAGAAAAUAGCUAUGCAAUCAAAUAAGUUAUUUUGUUGGAAGGUGUUUUGUUGAAAAAGAAAAUGCUGGAAAUAAAGAAAUAAUAGUACCUGCA